AUGUCUGAUGUCAAAGAUGCCGAGGCGCCCCACGGUGCCCACAAGGAGGCCGGCGCCUUGGAGAUCGACGAUGUCCAUGAUCAGAAGAUCGACAACGAGCUGGAUGAGGCAGCCAUGGACUCCGAGCUGCAACUUCUGGAGGAACAGCUGCAGACCAUGCCUACGUCCAGAUUUGAACUUACCCUCGCGAACCCAGCCAUUUUCACCUAUGUCUUGGUAGCUUUCGCCUCUAUGGGAGGUCUGCUCUCUGGUUUGGAUCAGUCUCUGAUCAGCGGUGCCAACCUCUACCUCCCCCACGAUCUGAACCUGUCCGAUUCGAGGAACAGUUUGGUCAACGCGGGCAUGCCCCUCGGUGCGGUUGGUGGUGCCUUGAUCCUGUCCCCCGCCAACGAGUACCUUGGCCGUAAAAUGGCUAUCAUUCUAUCUUGCGUUCUCUACACCAUUGGUGCUGGCAUGGAGGCCGGCGCCAUCAACUUCGGCAUGAUUUUCGCUGGUCGUUUCAUUCUGGGUAUGGGCGUUGGUUUGGAGGGCGGUACCGUUCCUGUCUAUGUUGCGGAGUGUGUUCCCCGCAAGGUCCGUGGCAACCUUGUCUCGCUUUACCAACUCAACAUUGCCCUUGGUGAAGUCCUCGGCUACGCCGUCGCCGCCAUGUUCGUGAGCGUGCCAGGUAACUGGCGCUACAUUCUCGGCUCUUCCCUGAUCUUCUCUACCAUCCUGCUCGCCGGCAUGCUCUUCAUGCCGGAGAGCCCUCGUUAUCUGAUGCACAAGAACCAGCCGGUCGCCGCGUAUGGCGUGUGGAAGAAGAUCCGCGGCUUUAAUGACCUGGAGUCCAAAGAAGAGUUCCUGGGCAUGCGCCAGGCCGUCACUGCCGAGUUCGAGGAGCAGGCCCGGACCAAGAAGUACCCCUGGAUGGACUUCUUCACCGACCCCCGUGCCCGCCGCGCCAUUGUCUACGCCAACAUCAUGAUCAUGCUCGGCCAGUUGACUGGUGUCAACGCCGUCAUGUACUACAUGUCCACCCUGAUGGCAAACAUCGGCUUCGACGACAAGACCUCUGUCUUCAUGUCGCUCGUCGGUGGCGGCGCGCUGUUGAUCGGCACCAUCCCCGCUGUCUUGUACAUGGAGCGCUUUGGCCGUCGCUACUGGGCGAAUGUCAUGCUGCCCGGUUUCUUCAUCGGCCUCAUUCUGGUCGGCGUUGGUUACACUAUCGACUACAAGCAGCACCCUGCUGCCGCCGAGGGCGUUUACCUGACCGGUAUCAUCUUAUACAUGGGCUUCUUCGGCUCGUACGCCUGCUUGACCUGGGUGGUGCCGUCAGAGGUGUUCCCGACCUACCUGCGCUCGUACGGCAUGACCACCGCUGACGCGAACCUGUUCCUGUGCUCGUUCAUCGUGACCUACAACUUCAGCCGCAUGAUGAAUUCGAUGACCCGUAUCGGUUUGACGCUCGGCUUCUACGGUGGCAUUGCUGUGGUGGGCUGGUUCUACCAGAUUGUCUUCAUGCCCGAGACUAAGAACAAGUCUCUGGAGGAGAUUGAUGAGCUCUUCUCCAAGCCCACGUCUGUUAUUGUUAAGCAGAACCUCAAGCAGACUUCGCAGGUCAUCAAAGACCUUGCGCAUUUCCGCCUGCGCAAGGUGUUCUCCCCUGAGCCGUACAACUAG